AUGUCUUCUACAAACUCCAACACCAACCCGUUCGUCACCCAGCCCCCACCCGAGCACCACGUCCACCGCGACUCGGAGGUCCUCCCAGGCGCGAAGCGCGGCGGACAAGCACCGGACUACAGCGCGGACGUAACGAACGAUUCCAAGACAUGGGCGGACAACAACCAGCGCCGUUUUGGCGCAGGGACCGACGACCACAUGGUCAUGGCUGGCGGUCAACACGACACACUCGGAACCAGAUCGACGCCAGACGGCCAGCAAGGAAACAACGCGUACACCCAAGAUAGGCCGAUGGAUGUCAAGCCAACUUCGCAGGGUGGCGUCGCGGUUGGCGGUCAUGACGAUCUGCCUGAAGGCAAGGCCAAGUUGACCGACAAGAUAAUAGGCAAAGCGCAGAAGGUUGCUGGCAAAGCUACCAACAACCAGGACUUGCAUGAGAAGGGCGAGCUUCGAGAGGCCGGUGGUAAAGCCGCGGUUCAGGGUGAGGCAAGGGUUUCGCAUGACUGA